AUGUUCGAACGGGCAACGGGUUGCUUUGAGAACGCAGGACGGCGUUUCCUACAGGACUCCAAAUGUGCGAUCCGGAGCAGAAGCUCCGUUCCUCAUCGAUUUCGAACGGACAAUGGCGCUGGAGCGGAUUCCCCCUACUGGUUCCUAGCGCUCCUGCAGGCGUCAGUUCAACAAUCAUCUCCCGCCCUCAACACCAGCAACGAAAGUCAAGGAGGAGGAGGAGCUAUCAGCAGCUCAGGGCUGCUUCCGGACUUCCUAUGUCCUCGACAAUCCCAAUCAUUUGUGGCUUCCCGGCUGUCUCGCUCCCAAAAGAGACCUGGACUGCAAAGGAAAAAAACAUUUGCGGCCCCGUCAAGGCCAUUUAUAUCCAUCUCGAGCCUACGUCAAGCGGUCGCCGACGGUUCACUCGGUCACGAAAACGAACCCCAACAGCCCGAAACGCCACAAGAUCCUGAUAUCGCGCGGGCGCGAGAAACCCAGGCCGACUUGCAUGCCUUCUUGCAGAAAGAUGGCCACCAGUAUGAUCACGCCUGGGUGCGCUACGUCGCAGCUGGGCGCCCAUCAAAUAUGGCCUCGGCACUUUGCGCCUAUAUGAGCUCAUCGAAAGACUUCAAUAAUCAGAGACGAGCAUAUGAACUCUUUCAACAAAUUCCGCCUGAAGAUCGCACCAAGUACGACUUCAAAAACAUUUUAAACUCGCAACUUCUCGCGGCAUCUCGGACAAAACCUCGUUUUUUAUAUUCUCUUUGCGAGCAAGUCGUUACUACCCCCUUUGCAGAAGGUUUUUUGACAAGAGUCUUGAUUCACCAUGUGGAAAACAGACAGUGGGCUCGACUUACAAAACUAUGGCAGUUAUUGUUGGACACCCCACAAAAGCAACGCCCAACAUUGGCUGCUUUAUUAUCCAAGAUCACCCGGUUCAGAUUUGCAGAAUACUCCCUCUCGAGGCACCUCCUUGAUCUUGCAGAUCAUUUGGAGUGUAACAAGAUGGAUUCUACAGUCAAAGAUUUUGCCCGGCGUCUCCUUGCACAUUAUAUCAAGUCUCAUGAUUUGCUCAAGCUUACACCCAUAACAACUUUGCUUGAUGUUCUGAAGAAAUAUACAUCCCUCAGAUGUAUCGGAAGAACCAAAUGGAAAAAUUUGAUUGAAAGAUUUCAAUCGGGCUCAAGAUCAGAGUUCAUCAACUCCAUUCUUCUUUAUCGCCAAUUUCGUGUGGUCUUUCCAAAUGAACAUCCGCCUAGGAAGCUAUUGCCUCGUUUUAUAGAACGCCUGUUGGAGUUUCAGAUUCCGGAGACCACGGAAUACUUCUUGGAUGAAUUAUCACACUUUUAUUCUAAACCGAGCGUCACAGUCUACAAGAACGUCAUGGCUGCUUUCUCUGGGACCGGAGAUGCUAAAUCUGUUGACCGCAUCUUUGAUAGGUUUUUGGCAGACCAUGGAAACCCCAAGAGUCGGAGAAUCGUGGCUCCAGUUCUGCUUGUUCACGCGCGACUAGGCGAUGUACCCGAGACACUGCGACAAUUCCAGCGAAUCUCCGCAGAAUUCGGGCUUGUGCCGAACACAGUCUGUUGGAACAUCCUGAUCUUGGCACAUGCUAACGCCGGAGAUCUGCAAGGUGCUCUUUCUACGUUCUCGUUAAUGCUAAAGAGUGGCGAACCUCCCGAUUCCCACACAUUUGGCACGUUGCUGGCGCUUUUCUCUAAGCGAGGCGAUGUUCAAAAUGUCAGGAGAUUGAUCACGGAGGCGCAGAAACGACAGGUCAAAAUCACAAGGCCAAUGCUUGAUACGGCUGUACAGGUGUACUGCAAUAAUGGGCAGUUGUCAUUUGCGGAAGAGCUUGCCGCGGCCAGCUGGAAUUUAGCAGAAGGAGGUUCUCCUCUGUGGAUGUGGAACACGAUUCUAAUGCAGUAUGCAUUCAGAGUAUCUAAGUUCUCCUUCCGCCGUGUCCUGGAUCGCAUUGGGAAACUCGGAAUGACACCGGAUGCCAUGACUCAUGGAGCUAUCAUCCUUGCCUAUGCCACUGCCAAUCAACCCGAUUUUGCCCGCACUGCGUUGAGAAGGAUGCACCGAAUGGGCCUGCAACCUACUCAAUUCCAUUAUUCCGUCGUUCUGUUCGGAUAUUUGAAGAUGCGCAAUCGCGACAUGGUGCACGUCAUCCUUGGCGAAAUGGAAACCCGCUUCGGUCGAGUAGGAUUGAGUGCGAAUCUUUUAAAUCUCAAGAUGCAGAUCCAGCGAGAUUUGGAGAAUGCACGCGAUCAGAACGUGCCUGCUGAAGAGGUGAUCUUGGAGCAUGCAGAAAAGACGAUUUUAGCAUCACUCGAAACCUUCGAUGCCAAUCCUUCGCCAGCUAAACAUAAAUCACGCGACUCAACUGAGGGCUCUGCGCUGGAUUAUUCCACUGUUAUGCACUAUGAACACGUUAUUAAAACAUAUAGUGCCCAAGGUGCUACUGAAAAGGCCUUUGAGAUGCUCAGCCAAUUUCUGCACCGCAGACAACUUGCAGGCGUGCCAGCUAAUGACUUGCAGUCUCUGCCAUUUGAGCUUGUCAAAACCAUGAUGGUGGUCUAUUUGAAAGCACAAGAGUUUGAGAAAGUGGAGGAGUGUUGGCACGUUUUGUUACGCGAUGCUAACAAAAUCGCUGGCCAUGUGGACAUUGAGGGGAUCCUUGCUAGUGAGGCAUUGACGUCAGAUCUGCCUAUAUCGGUCGACUCUAACACAGAGGGUCGGAUUCUACCAUCUCGUCGUUUCAUUUUAGACUUUCCUUUGACGAUUUACAUCCGAUCUUUGGCCUGUCGAGAACAGUACGCGAGAUUAUCCGACGUCAUAGCCGAGUUUCAGAAUGCAGGCUUUGCACUAACGGGUACCAACUGGUCGAAUUACAUUUCCGCGCUUGCGUCCUCGGAAAAUUUCGAUGACAACGUGGAAUCUUUCCAAUUGUUUGAGGAAAAGUUUUGCCCUCAUUUCCCUGGAUGGUCCUGGAUGGUCAAAGGAUACGGGAUCAGGCCCAUCCAUGCCCCCAUGACAAUCCUUCAUCUCGACGGUAAACCUGGUGCCACCAAGCCUCGCCGGAUGAUGGGCAAAAAGGCCAGAGCACACUGGCGAAUGAUCGAGCCUGACUACAUGCAUCCUCAUUACCCCACCAUGGUGCUCCUCGCCAGCACAAUGCGACGUAUUCGGGAAGCAAGUAUCGAGGACGGCCCUGGAAAGAUGGAGGCUCUCCAUGCAGCCGCUCCAAAGACAUUCGAAAUCCUCUCAACGAUGCCAUAUCUGCGCGAGAAAUACCAGGGUGCAUUGCUCCGCGACAAGGAGGCAUUUGAGAACCAACUCCCACUCCCGAUCAGACUCUUCACCACGCGGACUGGCGCUCUUGGCCUCGAAUCCCGCCCUAAAACCCGCACCUUUUGGCAGGCAAAGCACCAACCGCUCGACUUUGAAAUUUAUGCCGAGCCCCGUCCCGUCGAUGAGAAAAAUGUUACCAGGUUGCUCAACGACCCAGACAGUGCAAAACUGGGCUCCCUGGCGAGCAUCCUCCCUCGCUCUGAGCGCAUUGAUCUGGAGACCCAGCACCACGAGUACCACAAGCUCACGGAGCAAUGGAAGAAGGGCGCCCAGCGCAGACAGGCCACGAUCGAGCGUGCACGCCAAGAAACCAACGGCCGGUUGCAUGGCGUGCCUGUCAAGGCUAUUGUCAAGAGGGGCCAUCUCAAGCAAAAUCUUGUCCAGCGGCAUGUAUUCGACAAGUACUAUAGCAAGUGGAAGUUGAAGAAGCCAAGUUACCUCUUAUAUAAGCCCAUCUCGGGACUUAGGGAGAGACGCAAGCUUGGACCUUAUCUCAAACAGCGUGGAUUAGGACGGCGAAGAACGAAGAGAUACGAAGACCCUCGCAGCAAUUCUCGAACCAAAGAUUCUCAGGCCAGAGUUGCUCGAGCCAAAGCCGCCGCUGGUUGA